CGGCCUGCAAUGACGAUAAAAUCGUUUAACCUGGUGGUAAAAAGUCCCAAAUGGGGCAUUCGCCACCUGCAGGUGCUGUUUCUUUUCACCUGCGCCACCUUGACCGUGGCCCAAAGGUUCAACAUGAGCGUGGCCAUCGUGGCCUUCACCAAUGCCAAUAGCAGUAACCCAUAUUAUCCGGAAUAUAAGUUGACGGAGCAGCACAAGUCGUAUACGAUUAGUAGUCCCUUUUGGGGCUCGUGCUGCACCCAAAUGAUGAGUGGCUAUCUGUCGAGUCGCUUUGUAGCCAAGAUGCUGCUGCUGGCCAUCAUGCUCCUCACCGCCCUCCUCAGCAUUGCCACGCCCUUCGACUUGGCCUGGGGCGGCUGGCAGCUCCUCUUCUGCGUCCGCUUUGUCCAGGGACUCGCGAUGGGCGGCAUGUGGCCCUGCCUGUACACCCAUCUGGCCAAGUGGUGCCCCAAGGAGGAGGCGAAUCGCUUGGGCGGUGUCAUGACGACGGGCCUGGAUUGCGGGACCAUAAUUGGAUUCGCUUUGAGUGGCCUGCUAUCUGCCUCGCCACUUGGUUGGCCCAGCACUUUUUAUGUGCCAGGUUAUUUGGGAAUUGUUUGGUGCCUUCUUUUUUUACGUUACGGUGCCAACAGUCCACCCGAAUCAAGAUUCAUUUCAUUGGCGGAGCCCAAACAUAUUGAACUGGCCCUGGAGCAGAAUCAGGGGAUUCGGGGUGAGAUUCCUCCAGUUCCAUGGCUCCAAAUCCUUACCUCACGUCCCUUUAUCGUGUUGGCCUUUUGUAAGAUGAGUCAGGCAUGCAGCUUCUAUACGCUAAUGCAGCAAAUACGGCGCUACAUCCACGGCGUUUUUCACUACAGUAUUGCAGUCAAUGCUCUGCUAUCCGCACUACCCUUCGUCGUCAUGCUAAUGUCCUCCUACGGGUUUAUUUUCCUGGCUGAAUAUUUGACUCGAUAUAGAGACAUUCCGUUGCCCAUCCUGAGAAAAACCAUCAAUUCAUUUGCCACCUGGACACCGGCUGUAGCCCUAGUGAGUCUGUCAACAGCUGCCAUUUCCGGACAGGCCAUCGGAAGUUCCCUCAACCACGUGGACUUGUCGCCAAACUUCGCCGGACUGCUUUUUGGGAUCAGCAACACCUUGAUGUCUGCGGCUGGGGUGAUAUCACCCAUCAUUAUUGGACUGACUGUUACCAAUGAGUCGGAUCGCACGCAAUGGAGAUUUGUUUUCCUUGGCAUCUCCGCUAUACUUUUCCUAGGCAACUUGUUGUAUUGAAUCUUCGGUCAAAUGACUGUCCAGCCGUGGAAUGAUCCCCUGUCCAAAGAAACCGCAGCUGAAGCAUUACCAAAAACUUUGGCAACUGCCAAAACACCCGACGAAUCGGUAUCCGUCGAAAAGUUUAACUAUUUGUAA